CCGGCUCAGGCGGGGCCAUGGCCGCGGGCGGGCGGGCGAGCGAGCCGCUGGCCGAGCUCAGCCACUACGUGGUGGCGCGGCCCAUCUACAGCGAACCCGGCUUCCAGGAGGAGAACGAGCGGCGGCCGCCGCUGCCGCCCACGCUCCGCGAGCGGGCGCAGGCGGCCUGCAGAUGUUCAAGGAAAAGGGCCUUUCAGAUUGCCAAGUCCUUUCUGCCCAUCCUGGAGUGGCUGCCCAACUACCGGGUGAAAGAGUGGCUGAUCAGCGACAUCAUCUCGGGGCUCAGCACCGGCCUCGUCGCCACCCUGCAAGGUUUGGCAUAUGCUUUGCUGGUUGCAGUCCCUGUUGGAUUUGGUCUCUAUUCUGCUUUUUUCCCCAUCCUGACAUACUUUUUCCUGGGAACAUCAAGGCACAUCUCAGUUGGUCCAUUCCCAGUGGUCAGUUUGAUGGUGGGAUCUGUUGUAUUGAGCAUGGCCCCGGAUGAGAAUUUUCUCAUAGAAGGCAGUAAUGCUACAGGGGCUAAUGUCACAGGGGCACUGAUAGACACUGAGUCCAGAGAUGCACAGAGAGUGCUGAUUGCAAGUACUCUCACAUUCCUGGUUGGAAUUUUACAGGUUAUAUUUGGAGUUCUCCAGAUUGGUUUCAUUGUGAGGUACCUUGCAGAUCCAUUAGUUGGGGGAUUCACAACUGCAGCUGCUUUUCAAGUGCUUGUGUCACAACUGAAAAUAGUUCUGAAUGUUUCAACUAAAAAUUAUAAUGGUGUCCUUUCCAUAAUAUAUACUCUUGUUGAAACAUUUGAAAAAAUUGGGACCACCAACAUUGCAGAUCUCAUUGCUGGACUCCUCACUAUUUUUGUCUGCAUGGUAGUUAAAGAAAUAAACGAUCGCUUCAAACACAAGAUACCUAUACCUAUACCAAUAGAAGUGAUUGUGACAAUAGUAGCCACUGGCAUUUCCUAUGCUGCAGACUUGGAAAAAAAAUACAAUGCAGGCAUUGUUAAGAGCAUUCCAAGAGGAUUUUUGCCUCCUGAGCCUCCAAAUGUCAGCCUGUUUUCCCAGAUGAUUGCAGCCUCCUUUUCCAUUGCUAUUGUUGCUUAUGCUAUUGCUGUGUCUGUGGGGAAGGUAUAUGCAACCAAGUAUGACUAUGCUAUUGAUGGAAACCAGGAAUUUAUUGCCUUUGGGUUCAGCAACAUUUUUUCAGGUGCCUUUUCUUGUUUUGUUGCAACUACUGCUCUUUCACGGACUGCAGUCCAAGAAAGUACUGGUGGAAAGACUCAGGUUGCUGGUAUAAUCUCAGCUGGGAUCGUUUUGAUUUCUAUUGUUGCCCUGGGGAAAUUGCUAGAGCCCUUACAAAAGUCUGUGUUGGCAGCUGUAGUCAUAGCUAACUUGAAAGGGAUGUUCAUGCAAGUGUUUGAUGUUCCCCGUCUAUGGAGACAGAAUAAAGUGGAUGCUAUGAUCUGGGUUUUUACAUGUAUAGCAUCCAUCAUUCUGGGACUUGAUUUGGGAUUACUUGCUGGCCUUUUGUUUGGAUUGCUGACAGUUGUGCUGAGAGUCCAGUUUCCUUCAUGGGGAGGCUUUGGAAACAUUCCUGGCACGGACAUCUACAAGAAGGUCAAGGACUACAAAAAUGUUAUAGAACCAGAAGGUGUGAAGAUUCUCAAGUUUUCAAGUCCAAUUUUUUAUGCUAACAUUGAUGGACUGAAAAGCAGCCUCAAAUCCACUGUGGGAUUUGAUGCAGUCAAGGUAUAUAAUAAGAGACUCAAAGCACUGAGGAAAAUACAAAAGCUAAUCAAGAAGGGAAAAUUAAAAGCUACUAAGAAUGGCAUCAUCAGUGAGCCUGGUAUUAAUAAUGAAGCUUUUGAGACUGAUGAGGAACCUGAAGACAACCAGGAUCCUCAAGUUCCCACCAAAGAAGUAGAGAUCCAGGUGGACUGGAAUUCAGAACUCCCAGUCAAAGUAAACAUCCCCAAGGUGCCCAUCCACAGUCUCAUUCUUGAUUUUGGAGCAGUAACCUUCUUGGAUAUUGUAGCUGUGAGAUCAAUAAAAACGAUAAUUAAAGAGUUUGAGAGAAUUGAUGUGAGAGUAUACUUUGCUUCAUAUCAAGACAACCUUAUAUCUCAGCUGGAACGGGGUGCCUUCUUUGAUGACACUGUCAGAAAAGACAUAUUUUUCUUGACUGUCCAUGAUGCAGUGCUCUACAUAAGGAAUCAAAUGACGUACAGUGACAACCAGGAUCCCAUAUUUGAGAAGAUUUCACUGAUGCAGGAGUCAAAAGAACCCAUAGAGUUCACAGAAGCCAGCCAGCCUGAUGAUGAACUUGAUGUUCAGGAAGAGGCUAUGCGCCGACUUGCCUCCUGAAGCACUGCUGGUACUGUCCUGCCUGUGAGAGCACAGCAAUAUCCACCCACCAGUACUAUCCAUACCAGCAUUUUCUGCUAUGAAAACAAUCUUUGCACUUGAAGAAAACCCUGAUUGUUUGUCUGAAUGAUACAGAUCUCUAUAACUCUCCAAAUUUUAGCUAGCAUUAUCCCAGAAAUAUUCUGGACUUUGAUUCUGCAAGCACUUUCUGCUAUGAUAUAUAUUAAUAAAAAAGAAAAUCAGAAGA